AAAAAUUGUGGAGAUGCAGGAGAUCGAACCCUGUGCCUCUCGCAUGCAAAGCGAGCGCUCUAAGUGUGGACGAUUUGGAAGAUAUAAUUGGAGGGCAUGAGCUACAUCCCCUUGGUUACAAAGAUUUCACAUUUUCUAAAAUUGAAAACAGUUAACCAAUAUGAGCUUCACCUCUUAUCUCCAAGCGAGCCGCGUAAAAGUAAUCGGAGCAAAAUCUCCGGUGGAUCGCCGCCGUAAAGCGCUUGAGAGAGUGAAUAAAGAGCUCUCUAGAGGCAAUUACGAAACUGCCCUCUCUCUCGUCAAGCAACUCAAAGGCAAACAUGGCUGCCUCUCUGCCUUCGGCUCUGCUAAACUGCUUCCCAAGAAAUCACCAGAAUUGGUUAAAUUAGACCCGUUGAUCGAUUCAGUCUCCAGAAGCAUUGAAUCUGUUUCUUCCGAAGCGAGUUCAGUGGGAAUAUUCAAAGGGGAUAAAAGUAAAACUUCUUCACCUGAAGAAGAUUGGUUCGCUGUUGUUCAGCAUGAAUCAGGGCAUUUCCUGGUUGGUUACUUGCUCGGAGUUCUUCCAAGACGCUAUGAAAUACCGAAUUUCGAAGCUAUAAAGCAGAAUGUGUCGAAUGUGACCGGGAGAGUAGAAUUUGUAGGCUUUGAGUUCCUCAAAGAAGUUGGUGCUGCAAACCAGUUUAUGAAAGGUGAUGUGGGUCGCCGAAUAAAUCUAUCGAGUAAUCGAGGCAAUAUCUCAUCCAAGACACUGAACAACUUUUCGUGUGUGAUACUUGGAGGAAUGGUAACAGAACACAUACUAUUUGGAUACUCUGAAGGUUACUACUCAGAUGUUGUCAAGUUGAACAGUGUUCUGCGAUGGCGAGGGUUCACAGAAAUAGAAAAGGAAGCUCAUAUCAGAUGUGCUGCUCUAAACACUAUCUCCUUAUUACAUUCUUACAGUGAAGCAAGAGUUUCACUUGCAGAAGCCAUGUCUAAAGCCAAACCUAUUGGUGCUUGUAUUGAAGCCAUUGAAUCUGCAAUUUCCAUCCAUCAAAUAUGAACCAUACUUUCAAUCCUUUUCUAUGCUUAAACCCAAUUGGUGUGACCUCACACAGAGUGAGACAACAAAGACAUUAACCCAUACAACUAGGCAACAUGUUCUUUUUUUUUCGAGAUCAGGCAACAUGUUAGUGUUUAGAUCAUAUUAUUUUAAAUGUUUUCAAA